AUUCAACCCACUGUCCACCAUGCAACUGAAAUAUCUCAGAGAUCGGUGGUUCUUUUGUUUUUCUGUUCCAUCUUCCACGUUCAUUUUAGGCCUAGAUUGAUUUGCCUUAGAAACGACCAGUCUAUGCCUGCGGUAACUGCUACGCACGAUGGCAGAUCUCUGUAAUUAAAAAUAUCCUGUGCAAUUACUGCGAGAGCGCAGGCAGCGCAGCUCUUGAUCGGGAAUACAAAAGCUUCAGGUCCUUCUCGAACCGUCUUUACCGAAUAUUUUCUCUCUGUCCACAGUGUUGUGCUCUCUGUCACUCUUUCAACAGCCCACUCUCUCUGUUCUCCAAGCAUGCUUUUCUCCGCCAAAGUUAUUCUUCUCUCUUUUGCCUCCGCUAUCCUUGCUGGCUCUGCACAUGAUAGCAGCCUUAAGAGGCACGCGAAAUUGAAGAGCCGUCUUUCAAGUCAAGCCCUCGAGGCACGCUCCGAAUCCGUUGAAGCUUACUAUGGGUUCCAGAACAGCACCAUUACCGCCUGCGGUGUAUAUUUCAACGAUACGGACUACAUCAUUGGAUUGAGCUCUGACUAUGUAACCGCUGACUAUACUGACAACUGCGGCAGGUCGGUCACUGUCUACUUGACUGACGACAGCUCUUCUUCCAUCGAGGUCACCGUCGGCGAUUCGUGCGAUAGUGAUGCCUACCUUUCCAUUGCUGCCUUCGAAGCCCUUGCCGGGUCGCUUGAUGCUGGCGUUUUGAAUAUCACCUGGUCAUUCAUUGACGAAGCCACCACGACCGUAUCUUCUGCAUCUACCGAAGCUUCUAGUGCCUAAAUAUUCCAUAUCUCUGACAUCGCGUCGGGUUAAAGGAUUAGGGACGGACUUGUGCAUAAUUUCGGGACUUUUCUUAUAAAGACCGUUACAUUUAGUACCGUAUCGUAGUGAAAUUUAUUGUUCUCCUGUUAUACAUGGCUUCCCCUCAAUUUGUCAC